GCAUUAAGCAAGCUGUCUUGAGCUUAUCUGGAAACUUUUAGACUGUUACCUAGCUGGGUAAUUAAGGGUAGAAAGAACUUUUUCAUGUCUGGGUUCACCAAUAUAGGUCAUUUGUGUGUUGGGGAAGGGCGGGGCAGUAAAAUCUUAAUAGCGUUGCUUUCCCUUUGGCCCAAAAUACAUUUCUUGGAUUGGUCUCCCUGUUGAACUGCAGUUCAUCCACAAAAACCCCAUUCAGAUGUUGCCACCUGCUGAAAUUCUUGCCUGACCUUAUCUAAUGCAGUUAAUUUACUCUUCUUUGUUCUCCUUCUGCACUACUUGUUUGUGAUUUAUUUGCUUAUUGACUGUCUCAUUUUUGCAGUUGUUCAUUCUGCCUAUAGAGCUGUUCCUUUAUUAUUUAUAAACCUGGCUUCUUUUUUUAUUUGGUUCAAAUAUCACCUUCUGUGGACAUUUUUUUGUCCAUUUACCUAUUCUGGUAUUUAUUUUUCCUUCCUGCCUUAUUAAUAGAACCAUUAACCAUUGGUUAGGGACACGGCUACCCAGCAUGAAGAUUACAUUUCCCAGCUUCCUGUGCAACUAGGUGUGACUAAGCAGUGGCCAGUGAAAUAUAAGUGGAAGUAUAAGGUGCCAGCUUCCAGGAAUGUUCCUUAACACUCAGUGAUUUCUUCUAUAUUCCCUCCAUCCUGCUGACUAGAUGAUGAUUGGAGCUCUGGUUGCCAUCUUGGACCAUGAGGAUGAAGAAUGUGGAGGGGUGAGCUGAAAAGAACUUGGAUUCUUCAUGACCUUGUGGUGCCACUCUGCUAGUCCUGGAUUGCUUGCAUCUAGACUUCAUUUACAUACCAGAGGCAAUAACAUGAUGCCAUGGCUAAGAGGACGAGUCCUCAAGGUGCUGAGAAGUGCGCGGGGAUUCUGUGGGCCUCAUGGGCAACCACCACCUCUACUUGACCCUCAGAACAUUGUGGCCACCUGGGAAGCAAUCAGCCUGGGGAGGCAGCCAGUGCCUGAGUACUUCAACUUUGCUCACGAUGUACUGGACAUGUGGAGCCAGCUAGAAAAGGCUGGACACAGGCCCCCGAUCCCUGCAUUCUGGUGGGUCAAUGGCAUGGGAGCAGAAGUCAAGUGGAACUUUGAGCAGCUGGGGCAGCAGUCCAGGAGGGCAGCGAAUGUGCUGAAGGACACGUGUAGCCUUCAGCCUGGGGACAGGAUGAUGCUGGUGCUCCCGCGGCUCCCAGAAUGGUGGCUGGUCAGCGUGGCAUGUAUACGGACAGGGGCUGUCAUGAUUCCGGGUGUCUCUCAGCUGACGGAGAAGGACCUCAAAUACAGGCUGCAGGCAUCCAGGGCCAAGUCCAUUAUCACCAGUGACUCCCUGGCUCCGCGGGUCGACGCCAUUAGUGCUGACUGCCCCUCCCUUCAGACCAAGCUACUGGUGUCAGACAGCAGUCGGCCAGGCUGGAUGAACUUCAGGGAACUCCUCCGCGAGGCAUCCACAGAGCACAACUGUGUGAGGACCAAGAGUCAAGACCCACUGGCCAUCUACUUCACAAGUGGCACUACUGGGGCCCCCAAGAUGGUUGAGCACUCCCAGGCCAGCUAUGGACUGGGUUUUGUGGCCAGUGGAAGGCAUUGGGUGGACUUGACCAAAUCAGACAUCUUCUGGAACACCUCAGACACGGGCUGGGUGAAGGCAGCCUGGACCCUCUUCUCUGCCUGGCCUAAUGGAUCUUGCAUUUUUGUGCAUGAACUGCCCCGAGUUGAUGCCAAGGUUAUUCUGAAUACUCUCUCCAGUUUCCCGAUCACCACCCUCUGCUGUGUCCCCACCAUCUUCCGGUUGCUUGUACAGGAGGAUCUGACCAGGUACCAGUUUCAGAGCCUGAGGCACUGUCUGACCGGAGGAGAGGCCCUGAAUCCUGACGUGAGAGAUAAAUGGAAGAGCCAAGUGGGCCUGGAGCUGCAUGAAGGCUAUGGCCAGUCUGAAACAGUUGUAAUCUGUGCCAAUUCAAAAGGCAUGAAAAUCAAAUCUGGAUCCAUGGGGAAAGCGUCCCCACCUUACGAUGUGCAGAUUGUGGAUGAUGAGGGCAACAUCCUGUCUCCGGGAGAAGAGGGAAAUGUUGCUGUCCGAGUCAGGCCUGCCCGGCCCUUCUGUUUCUUCAGUUGCUAUUUGGACAAUCCUGAGAAGACAGAGGCAUCAGAACGAGGGGACUUUUACAUCACAGGGGACCGAGCCCACAAGGACAAGGAUGGCUACUUUUGGUUCAUGGGACGAAAUGACGAUGUGAUCAAUUCCUCAAGCUACCGGAUUGGGCCUGUUGAAGUGGAAAGUGCCCUUGCCGAGCACCCAGCUGUCCUGGAGACUGCUGUGGUCAGCAGUCCAGACCCCAUCAGAGGGGAGGUGGUGAAGGCUUUUAUAGUCCUUUCUCCAACUUACUCCUCUCAAGAUCCAGAGAAACUAACUCGGGAGCUCCAGGAGCAUGUGAAGAGGGUGACUGCUCCAUACAAGUACCCCAGGAAGGUGACCUUUGUUUCAGAACUGCCCAAGACGGUUUCUGGAAAGAUCCAAAGGAGUAAAUUGAGAAGCCAAGAGUGGGGGGAGACGAGAGGCAGCCCACGAAAGGCCCCAUAGGCCUCAGAAGCUUCUAAGAGGAGCUGGUGCGAUCACUGGUCAGUCCUUGUUUGGAGCAUCAUCCCUUCCACCUUACAGUAUCAGAGGCUUUCAGUUCCAAAUGGGCAUCUCCAGAAUCAUUGGAGGAACCUGGAAGACCCUGGAGGAAGAGAACAGAAGAACAUUACUAACCCAGAGUGCACAUCCACCACCAGUCUAGUGGCGGUGUUUGGUGGUUUGACUUCCCCCUCCUCUGUCUGGAGGCAUCCUCAGCAGCCACCCACUGGUCUUCCUUCCAGCCGGCUCUCUGAAGGACAGGUCAUCACAGAGUCAGGGCACCUGUGAUCUCAUUCACUGCCCAUUGGAGUAUAACCACUCGACCCUUUUGAUAAAGCCAUUUGGUAAUCACAUCCAGGGUCAUAAAAAAUUGGUCAUAUCCUUUAGCUCAGAAAUUCUGUUUAGCAGUCAUUAUAAAAGAAAGGAGUCAGGGGUGCCUGGGCGGCUCAGUUGGUGAAGCCUCCAAAUCUUGGUUUCAGCUCAGGUCAUGAUUUCACGGUUCAUGAGAUAGAGACCCACGCUGGGCUCUGUGCUGACAGCUCGGAGCCUGCUUGGGAUUCUCUCUGUCUCUCUCUUUCUGUGCCCCUCCCCUGCUCAUAUUCUGUCUCAAAAUAAAUAAAUAAACUUAGGGAGAAAAAAAAAGGAAGGAAUUCAAAGGACAUUUCUGGAGCAUUGUGUUAAAACUGAAAAAAAUUGAAAAAUUCAAUGUCCAACCAAUAAGGCAAUGAUUAACUGAAGUGUAAUAGAUUAACUCAAUAAAUAUUGAGGCUUUAAAAAAUA